CAGGCAAUUUUAGGCCACAUUUAUUCAAUUAAUGCACAAUGGCUUCUACGAUUGAUGACGUUUUCAUAAAGAUUGGUGAAUUUCGUCAAUUUCAAUGGUACCAAUUUGCCAUUUUUGGUUAUACGUUAUUAUCAGUUUCUGCAUUCCCUGUCAUGGUAGUGACGUUUAUCACAGCAGAACCAGACUGGAAAUGCGUUGAUGGAUAUAUGAAUAAUACCGUAUGUAGAUUUAAUAAAUCAAUAACAUUAACCAGUGAUGAUUACAAAGAAAGAUGUAAAAUACCGAGAGAAGCUUGGACGUUUGUAGAUGACUUUACAUCAACUGUUACUGAGGUAAGGAAUGUGUAAAAUUUGGAUUAAUGUCCAAUACCUCUGCAAGAUGUCCAAUGGACAUAUUGAAAUGUCCAGUGGACAUUUGAUUUGUCUAAUGGAUCCAAUGGACAGGCAUAAGUCCACUAGACAUUUGGUUGUGCAUUAAGUAAGUUAUCUCGAAUGACGUCAUGUGUUGGCAUCGACCCCAUGCUGGUAGCAGGCCUGUGAGAUGGCAAAGGGAGAAUGUCCAAUGGUCCAUUGGAUCCAAUGGAUCCAUUGGACAUGCAUAGGUCCAAUGGACAUUUGAGUUGUCCAUUGGAUCCAAUGGACAUAGAUAUGUCCAGUGGACAUUUGAUUUUGUCCAUUGGAUCCAAUGGACAGGCAUAUGUCCAGUGGACAUUUGAUUUUUCCAUUGGAUCCAAUGGACAGGAAUAUGUCCACUGGACAUUUGAUUGUACAGUAAAUAAGUUCACUUAAAUGACGUCAUAGGUUGGCAUCGACGCCAUGCAGGUAGCAGGCCUGUGAGAUGGCAAAGGGAGUAUGUCCAAUGGUCCAUUGGAUCCAUUUGGAUUUAUCUUUUGGGUCGGAAAUCGCAAAGCUUCUACUAAAACCAAAUUUCUAGAAAUUUUUCUCAACAUUUAUAGAUAGUUUGCGUAUAUUUUUUGUGCCAAAACAAAAUUCUCCACUGAAUUGCAAUACUGACGAGAAUUAGGCCAAGAGAAUUGCUUACAACACUGACGGAUUUUAUGUAGCUGCUGCAUGUAACCUUUGGGUUUUUUUUUGCGUGUUUGAGGAAUGUUUUUGUGAGUCAUCCAGAGAGUUAGUCAUUCAAAUGUGAGAUGUUAGAGAUGUUAGUCAUUCAAAUGUGAUUUUCUGUGUGCAUGCGAAUGUUUUUGUGAGCCAAGAAGCAUGCAGUCUACAUCCGUUUUUACGGAAUGCUUCUGUAAUGCAUCCCAACCAUAUGAGCGAUUAUCUAUAUUGUGUAUAUGUAAGUAAAAUGCAUAGAAAAAGUUUUUUUACGAAAUAACCACUCAUUUGAUUUUGUUUUUCGAACAAACGUUUCCACUUAAAAGUCUACUUUUACCCUAUAAUGUUAGUACUCCCUAGUUGAGACGUGUGCAUAUUAACAUAUGCGCCAACGCAUGAUGUGCAGUUGUUAUUCUGACUAAUUUUAUACUAUGUGACUGAAUUUUAUACAUCUAAAUAACUUGUAAUAUUUUAGAAAUUCCUAUCUCUAAAAAUCGCUUCGUGUCCUUAGCUUAAAGCUAAUUAAGCCAUUAGGCAUUAACGUUGUCCUCAACAGAUACACAUGUGUGAUGAUGUGUCUGGCAUGACUGCACUAGCACAUUAUUAUUAUUACGCUUUCCUCAAACUUUUAGUUCUUGGCCGCAAUAAAGAAUUUCGACAAAUAUAUAAUUGACCGCCUAAAUAUAUAAUUGACCGCCUAAACUCAGUCCGGGCUAUUUCAGCUCAUUUAACCGGGCUGAAACUCAGCCCGGGCUGAAAACUCGCCAUGUAAUCAACUCCUUAACUGUAUAGAAUUUGGCAUAUGUGAAUGCCAUGGACAUUUCAUAUGAUAUUAGAAGGAAGCAAAUAGUUGACCUGCAUCUAAAGACGAAAGCGGACUUAAUUAUGGCCUCAUGAUUGUACAAUUACUUCAUGGUUUCCGUGUUUGGAUGGACACGGAAAGCAUAUAAAGUAACUGUUUUAUAAAAUAACAACUUUCCGCGUUAAAAUUUCACAUUAAAAAACUUUCACUUUAAAUUUCCGUGUUUGGAUGGCCUGAUCCAAACACGGGUUUCGACCAAUCAAAGCACGCGUUAUAUACAUGUUAUUUUAUAAAAUAACAUCAUUAUCCAGGCGUAACCAUAAGCAAAAUUUCUGAUUCCUGCGGGUUUCCGUUUUUGAAUUUGCAUGCUUAUGCAAAAUACUCGGUUGUGUCUGAACGGGACUAAAGCCUGAAAAAAUUGAAUGUCGAUACAUGCAUGUCUUUUGUGCAUCGUGUUAAAGACUUAAAGCGGCCGGUAUUUCAAACUUAUAGCUCGAUCGACCGUAGUGAAUAGUUAUACUCAUAUACUCAAAUAUUUCUCGUGGCAAGAUUCGAAGAGAAGAUACCGAUGUUCUCUUAAUUUUAGUUAGUCUAACUGUAGUGUGACCGAAUGACUUCAGUAUACAGUUUAUUAGUUGAUUUUUUGCAGGUAGACUCAAUCAGUAAUCCCCAAUCAGGUAAAGGCUAGUUUCCACUCAGGGAAAUUAUCCGUGGAUUGGAACGGACAAGAAAAUUUUUCUUUGUAUUGUGAGCUCUGGGUUGGAACUAAUGACUUUUAAUACAAAGAGAAAUUUUCUUGACCGUUCCAAUCCAUGGAUAAUCUUCCUGAGUGGAAAAUAGCCUUAACUCGAUAAGUAAUGAGGUGACAAGGGAAAAUAAUAUAUUGAUAUAUUGCGUCGUUUCUUAAGAACGAAGCAACAUCAUAUUCUAUUGAUAUAUGGCGUGCUUUCUUACUGGAACAAAGCAACAUAAUACAAAGCAACAUAAUAUAUAUAUAUAUAUAUUGAUAUAUUGCGUCGUUUCUUACGAAAGAAGCAACAACAUAUUAUAUUGAUAUAUGGCGUGGUUUCUUAGGAACAAAGCAACAUAAUAUAUUGAUAUAUUGCGUCGUUUCUUAAGAACGAAGCAACAACAUAUUAUGUACUAUUUAAAACACGAGUAGGAGUGUUUUAUCAGAUAUAAAACGCGAGGCGCGUUUAUAUUCAAUUGAUGGACAUGUAUGUAUUCCUUGGUCGGCAAAUGUCCAAUGGACAUUUCAUAUGUCCAUUGGACAUUUCAAAUGUCCAUUGGAUCCAAUGGACCAUUGGACAUUAUACUCGUUCAAUAUCUCCACGAUGCCCUUUCCCUGUGGUUACAAAGUCCGGAUCCAUUGGAUCCCCAAUGGACAUUCGAUAUGUCCAUUGGACAUGCACAUAUCCAAUGGACAUUCGAGUUGUCCAUUGGAUCCAAUGGACAGUCAUAUGUCCAAUGGACAUUUCAUAUGUCCAUUGGACAUUUGCGUUAGUAUUGGACAUGUAUGAAAAUUUGAACUUCUCUCUAACUUUCACAUAUCUUCACCGAAUAAAACUUUUAUUAGUUGAUCAACUUUUGCUAUUAUAGCUGAUCACCUUGUUUCGAGAAACUUGGUUAGGAUACAAUGUUUCCGGGCCACUAGUUUCCCAUGACGGCGAGGUUAUAGAAGAACAUCAAUGAGACAAGUUAAAUUAUUUCAUCGCCACUGCCUAACUUGGAAUUAGCUACACAUGUCAUUUUUGUUUCAGUACGACUUAGUUUGUGAUGACUCCAUUCUUCUAUCUAUCGCUCAAUCGUGUUCCUGGGUUGGAAUGUUGGUUGCCUUAUUGGUUGGCGGUUAUAUAUCAGAUACGUUUGGCAGAAGAAUUAUUUGGUAUGGUGGUUGUGCUCUUGCCAUCGUGGCGACUUGGAUUAUGGUCUUCCCAAAAGCCUUUGUGGUGUUUAUUAUUUGCCGCGUUUUCAUUGGUAUCGGUGCAGGUAGGCAGUCACUGAUAUGGGGAUAAAUGAAUAUCUGUGAAGCCUGGGGUUAGCGCCUAUUAUUAAGAAAUUGAGUAAUUGCCUUGAUAAUAUUUCCAACCUAUGGUGGCAGAAAUAUAAUGAUCCCUAUGCCAAGGCGCGGAUAAUGAUCAGAAAUAUAAUGAUCCCCAUGCCAGGCGCGGAGCGCCGUUCCGGGCGUAAGCCCAAGGCGAGGGUACUGAAUCUACUGAUUCCGCUCGGCUAUUUACACCCAGGAAAAGGAAAGCAUUAGCGAAGUGUGAAGUUCAUCAUACAUCGCGGGCGUCUGGCUAUGAUCCAAGGGUGGACCUCCCACUGAUCUCAAAAAUAACUGCGCACUGUCAUGGAAAUAACGAACACUGAUUGGUCAAAUUUAAAUUUCGCUUUAUGAUGACUGCAUUGCGACAUCAUCAUAACAGACAUUAUUUGAAAAUAUAUCUGCUUUUUAAUCUGAUUUUUAUACUGGUUCUUUUGAGAAAAUUGGAAAAUAACAAUUAAACAAAUAAAAUACUAGAGAGAAGUUAUGGAAUCAAACGAAAACCGGCAAGAAGACAGGAAAAAAGGCGAAAGACUUGCUAAACGAAGCGAGCAAAGACACCGACGUUUGCUACAAGUUUGUUUUAAAUAUUGAUGUAUUUUUUGCUUAUAUAAUUGCUUUAAAAACUGAUCGUUGCGUAUAAUGAGAAAAGACAGCAUACAAUUUCAAAGUAUUAUUUUUUUCUUAAUUACUGAUGCUUUUUUAUUUUUUUUAAACUUUACAUAAAGAGGAAAGCAAUGUUAUUUUCAUGCGACGAUGCGAGAAUUUGAAAUCAUUUUAUUUAUUAUUCGUAAAAAAUCGCAUUAUCACGUAGUACAAAUGCUGUUUUUUUAUUGGACAAUAUGAAUAUGAGGUAUACUAUUAUAGUCUAUUAUAUAGUAGAAAGUGAAAUGCUGAAAAAUACACAGUGAGAUAUUUUCCAUAUCUUCACUAGUGAAGAUAUCGAUCACGUGACUUUUUCCAAUUUGCUUUUGAGCGUGAAAUUUCACAAUUUUUUGCUUGAGACUAUAUAAUAAACAGAACAUUACACGCUGCCUUGAAGAUAUGACUUUUAUCUUCGUGUCGCCGUGUAUUGUCCUCUAUAUCUCACGCUUGUAGUGAUACCCCUAUAUGGAGUCCAAAGGGAUGCCGCCAAUGACGUCACAAUAGCGUCACGUUACCAAGUCGCGUUACCAUUAGGUUACGUUACAUGGUUACGUUACCUGUCACAUAACUCAGAGACGUUACAAUACGUCUGCUUAGGUCGCGUUACCAAGUUACGUUACCAUUACGUUGCGUUACAUAGUUACGUUACUUGUCAACCUUGUUCCCAGGACUUUUCCCUUUUUGUCAUUGGGAAGGCUGGAAAAGGCCCUGUCACUGGGUGGUCACACGACUUUCAACACCCAGAUAUAGUGGGUGUAAUAAAUUAUAAUAAUGAAUUAGAAAAUCCAAGAUGACAACGUGAGAGUGUCCACAUGCACAAAUUGCAAGUAAUGGUCUAGAAAGAUCUUAACAUCAAAGGCAAGUGAACUUCUGCAAGCGGAGCAAAGCUGUUAAAAACUGAUGACAUUCAGGUCCGAUGGUAUAGUCAGCAAGAAACUAUAACCUUGAAUGGCCCGAAAGCAGAGGAAUACAAGUCGUUAUUGGAAGCUAAGGCGAGUGUCUUAGAUAUUACCGAAACGACAGAAAGUGUGGACAAUGAGCUGUCUGAAGCUUCCCAGCAAGAGGUUUUAGUAAGUGAGGCUUUAAAUACCACAAGUGUUGACCCUUCCUUUAUAAAACAGUAGAAGCGAUGAAGUCUGAAAUUAAUGCAUUGAAAUCGCAUUUUAACAAACACUGCCUUGAUUCAUCCAAACUACAUAUAGAAUCAAAAAUACAAAAAGAUAAUAACUCUUACUUUAGAUGUAGAGCGUUUGGAAAACGAAAGCGAGAACAUAAAACAAGAAAACCAAUUGUUUCGAUCAAAAAUCGAUUACCAAGAACAAGAACUAUUGCAUCUGAAUAACAAAUUAAAGACUUUAGAAGACGAGAGAGCAAGUUUAAUAACCGUAAUACGUCUAUUGCAUUCCGAUAGAGAUGAAAACAAUAAAUCAUAUUCCCAAUGUGAAUAUCAAAGUGUUGCGCGUGGCAACACAAAAACUAACUACCACCCACGCUCUCGCGUUUCAAAUGCCGCCAGUAAACAAAGUAAAACCACAUCAAAAAUUCCAGACGUGCUAGACCAGAACAAGUAUUCACCGGUCGAAGUAGAACAAGCUUCUGAAGACGACGAAGAAGCCGGACAGUCAUUAAUUGAAAUUGGCACGAGCGAAGAUGAUGAUAAAACUCCUCAUUAUAGACCUAAGCAAACGUCAAAAUCAACUACCCGAGCGUCCAAAAAGCCAGAGAAAGAGGCUCGAAAACAACAUCAGCAAGAAAAUGAGAAAGAAUUGACAGAUAGACAUGCAUAAUUCAAACCAAAAUCAGCGAAAAGUGGAAAUCUGUGGUGACUCCAUGACAAAAUAUAUUCAAGCGCAUAACUUAGGACGCUCAACUAACGAUAGAGUCACAUCAAAAUCAUUUAGCGGGGCGAAGUGUAAAGAUAUGAAGCAUUAUAUUAUGCCUACUUUAGAAAAGAAGCCUGACGAAAUCAUACUGCACGUCGGAACAAAUGACCUAAAGACCAGCAGCGCAAAGACGGUUGUCAAAGGUAUCAUGGCGCUAAAAGAUUUCGUAGUGAAAUUUCGCCUAAUACCAAUGUAACUAUAUCCGAACUAAUAAUAAGAACGAUGAAACACUUAAUGAUAAAAUUAAGCGUAUUAAUACAUUGCUGAGAGAAAGUUGUGCUGCUGACAAUAUAUCAUUAAUAGAAUAUUCCGAUAUAAAUAAUGACUGUUUAAAUCAGUCUGGUGUCCAUUUGAACAAAAAAGGAACAUCAUUAUUUGCUUUGAGUGUAAUCAAACAUCUUAGGUAUUUUUGAUAACGAUGCGAUUCCAGAUCUUAAAAACCAUGAUGAUAAAAUAACAGUUGAAAAUCGAUCUCCAACUGUUAACGACUUAAAAGGUUUUGUAAUGGCUCAUUUAAAUAUUGCCUCUCUUCCCAAACAUAUUGAUGAAUUAAGAUUACAAUUAACUAAACAGCCCCUAAAUACUUAACUUACCAUGUAAGUUUCGCGCAUUUUGCAUGUCAUCAAACAUCUACAAAUUUGUUAUUAUUUGACAAUGGCGUUAAAUUCAACUCUUCAACAAAAAGUAAGGUACGUUUUACACACAGAGUAUACGACGAUAUGGUAACGUUUUGUAUUAAAUUCCAUGUUUUCCGCCAUGACAGUACACAAGAACUGUCAGGUGCUCCCCAGGACUCACCCUUCCCAACAGCCCCUUCGCGCGUCGCCUGCCUUCCUGAAUACUUCAUGUAUUAUAAUUAUUUAAAGCGCCUGGGUACGAGGCAGAUAGUUUGAUGAAAAACAAACGCAACGAACCGUACUAUCGGAGGAUACAUCACGAUAAUUGAUGAAAAACAAACGCAACAAACCGUACUAUCGGAGGGUACAUCGCGAUAGUUUGAUGAAAAACUGAAGGGUCGAUCAAAAACAAAACGCCAUAAACCGAACUAUCGGAGGAGACAUCACGAUAGUUUGAUGAAAAACAAGCGCAACCAACCGUACUAUCGGAGGAUACAUUAUUAUUAUUACUAUCAUUAUUAUUAUUUCUAUUCGGAGCCAUAUUAUAUCUGACUAGAAAAUACAUGCAUGCAGAAAACCCUCGCCUUGCUGACAAAACCAUUGUAUUUUCCGAACAUGAAAUAUUCAAAGUAGUUGUCAUGGAAACACGAUAAUUUUGUUAAGAAUAUUUUUACAAAUGAAAAAUCUCUUAAAAAUACCACUAAUUUUAAUUACAAAAUUACCAAUUCCCCAAACGUAUAUAUGUUAGGUAUGUUAUUAUACGUAAUAUAAGCUUCAGUUUAAGGUAAAAUUCGACCUCAAACGCUUCGCAAGACGUUUUAAAAUGUUCUUUAUAAAACUGUUAAAACUGCCUUUAUCGAAAAACUUUGAGUUUGAAAUAAAAUGAUUUCAAAUUCUCGCAUUCAAACAACUUUGCUUUUUUUUAUUUAAACCUUUUAAUAUAAUAAAAAUGGUUAACAAUAAACACUGAAAUUAUAUGCUGUCUUUCUCAUUUAAAAUAUACGCAACGUCAACGAUCAGCUUUUAAAGCCGUUACAAAGCGAACAAUGCAUCGAUAUUUAAAACAAACCUACCUUCGUUAACGUCGGCGCCUUUACUCCCUUCUUUUAGCAAUUCUUUCACCUUUAUUUUCUUAAAAAUCUUUGAAAUUCGCAAAAUCUUGCAAAAAUGAAAUAUAUUUGCAAUAAAUCAUCAAAUCAAGAAAUGUUUGCUAUUUCGCUGUCGUCAUGCAGUCGAUAUAAUGCAAAUUUUAAAUUUGACCAAUCAGUGUUCGCUAUUCAUGACAGUCCGCCAAAUUUUUGAGAUCAGCGAGGAUGACCACCCAUCGAAACUUCGUUGGUGAGCCACGCCCGGAUCAUUGAUGAACUUUAGACUUCGCUAAUGCUUUCGUUUCCCCGGGUGUAAAUAGCCGGACGGAAUUAGUACCCUCGCCUCGGGCUUACGCCCGGAACGGCGCUACGCGCCGUUGGCUCGGGGAUAAUAUAAUUUAAGAAGUAACAAUAAGAUGCUGAUGUUAUCGAAGCCUAAAACAAAUUGAAUGAAAAGGACUUUCGCAUAUGCUGCUGCUAAAGACUUGAACUAGAAAAUAUAUGCGUGCAGAAACCCUCGCCUUGCUGACAAAACCAUUGUAUUUUCCGAACAUGAAGUAUCUAAAGUAGUUGUCAUGGUAACACGAUAAUUUUUUAAGAAUAUUCUUACAAAUGAAAAAUUGCCUAAAAAUAUCACUUUUAAUUACAAAAUUAUCAAUUUCCCAACAUAUAUAUGUUAGGUAUGUUAUUAUACGUAAUAUAAGCUUCAAUUUAAGGUAAAAUUCAACCACAAACGCUUCGCAAAAGGUUUUAAAGUGUUCUUUUAUAUAAAACUAAACUGCCUUUUAUAACUAUUAAAUGGCUUUAUCGAUAAACUUUGAGUUUGCAAUAAAAUGAUUUCAAAUUCUCGCUUGCAAAUAACUUUGCUUUCAUUUUUUAUUUAAAAAAUUCAAUAUAGUAAAAAAGGGAAUCAAUAUUAAAGAUACACUGAAAUUAUAUGCUGUCUUGUUUAGUUGUUUCAUAUACGCAAAGGCCGUCGGGUUUUAAAGCAAUUAUAAAAUCAAUAUUAAAACAAACUUACCUUCGUUAACGUUGGCUCCCUUCUUUUAGCCGAAUCUUUCGCCCUUUCUUUCUGAGAAAGCUUUUGAAAUUUACAAAAUCUUGCAAAAAUGCGAGUAAAAAUGAAAUAUAUUCGCAAGAAAUUUAUCAAUCAUCAAAUCAAGAAAUGUUUGCUAUUUCGCUGACGUCAUGCAGUCGUUAUAAUGUAAACUUUAAAUUGGACCAAUCAGUGUCCGCUAUUCAUGACAGUCCGCCAUAUUUUUUAGAUCAGUGAGGAUGACCACCCAUCGUUGGUGACCCACGCCCGCGAUUAUUGAUGAACUUUAGACUUCGCUAAUGCUUUCGUUUCCCCGGGUGUAAAUAGCCGGACGGAAUUAGUACCCUAGCCUCGGGCUUACGCCCGGAACGGCGCUACGCGCCGUUGGCUCGGGGAUAAUAUAAUUUAAGAAGUAACAAUAAGAUGCUGAUGUUAUCGAAGCCUAAAACAAAUUGAAUGAAAAGGACUUUCGCAUAUGCUGCUGCUAAAGACUUGAACUAGAAAAUAUAUGCGUGCAGAAACCCUCGCCUUGCUGACAAAACCAUUGUAUUUUCCGAACAUGAAGUAUCUAAAGUAGUUGUCAUGGUAACACGAUAAUUUUUUAAGAAUAUUCUUACAAAUGAAAAAUUGCCUAAAAAUAUCACUUUUAAUUACAAAAUUAUCAAUUUCCCAACAUAUAUAUGUUAGAUAUGUUAUUAUACGUAAUAUAAGCUUCAAUUUAAGGUAAAAUUCAACCACAAACGCUUCGCAAAACGUUUUAAAGUGUUCUUUAUAAAACUAAACUGCCUUUAUAAAUUAAAUGGCUUUAUCGAUAAACUUUGAGUUUGCAAUAAAAUGAUGUCAAAUUCCCGCAUGUAUAAAAUAACUUUGCUUUCUUUUUUAUUCAAAAAAUUCAAUAUACUGAUAAUAAAGGGAAUCAAUAUUAAAGAUACACUGAAAUUAUAUGCUGUCUUGUUUAGUUGUUUCGUAUACGCAAAGGCCGUCGGGAUUUAAAGCAAUUAUAAAAUUAAUAUUAAAACAAACUUACCUUCGUUAACGUUGGCUCCCUUCUUUUAGCCGAAUCUUUCGCCCUUUCUUUCUGAGAAAGCUUUUGAAAUUUACAAAAUCUUGCAAGAAUGCGAGCAAAAAUGAAAUAUAUUUCCAAGAAAUUUAUCAAUCAUCAAAUCAAGAAAUGUUUGCUAUUUCGCUGACGUCAUGCAGUCGUUAUAAUGUAAACUUUAAAUUGGACCAAUCAGUGUCCGCUAUUCAUGACAGUCCGCCAUAUUUUUUAGAUCAGUGAGGAUGACCACCCAUCGUUGGUGACCCACGUCCGCGAUUAUUGAUGAACUUUAGACUUCGCUAAUGCUUUCGUUUCCCCGGGUGUAAAUAGCCGGGGGGGAUUAGUACCCUCGCACGGCGCUUCGCGCCGUCGGCUCGGGGACUAUAAUAGUAUAAAAGCUUAAAAUCUACUAUAAAUAAUUAAUCUUCAAUAUAUAUGUACUGUUUAAUUAACGUAUCACUUCGACCAAAACAGUUUUACUAUCAUUUAAAUUUUUUAUACUAAUAUUCGAAUUUUAAUUUGUAUUUAGUAACACGGCCUAUUGAAAAACAACCUUUAUAAUUUUUGUAAAUACUUAGAUGUUAUAAUAAUAAUAAUAAUGAUAAUAAUAAAUCCAUUCCUGGUUUUCAGAUUAGUGACUUACAGUGAUCUUCGUUUUUCACAGGGUUCCGAAAUAGCACUAGUUUUGCUAUGCUUACGGAAUUCACAACUGACAAAUAUCGUUCAUGGAUGGGGAUUGGUUCCUUCAUGUUUUGGUCUGUGGGAAUAUCAAUAGUGCCUCUGAUUGGAUACUUAGUUCCUGCCUGGAGAAUGUUCUUGCUUAUUACAGCUAUCAUCGCAAUUCCUGUUCUCUUUUUCUGGUGGU